AUGAUUGGAUUGCCGAUAAGUACGAGUAGUGGUAGUAAUAGUACGACUACUACCACCUUGAUUGGUGAAAAGUUGCACUUUGUCAUGCGAUGCCCCCACUGUAUUUUGACCCACAAGGCAGCCUCUGAUUGCUCGUAUGUCAAAUUCUUUAAGUCUUUAAGUUCCAGAGAGACUCCCUUUUUGUCACAUCAAAAUUCAAAAGUGUUGACCAUUUGGAAUAACCUCACUCUAUCCAUGCAAGACUCGGCCGAGAGAAACAAGACACGAAAAUCUUUCAUGGCGGCCAUUCGUUCGCAAAUGGAUAAGGUGAAAACGAGCGAAAAGGAAAAGCAAGAAUUUAAGACGAAUUAUGUUUCAAAAUUAGAGGAACUCUAUGAAAAUAUAAUAAGAGAGGUUGAAAACACAGCAAAUCGUAUCAAGUCUCAGCUCAAGGUAGAAAGUGGAGUUGCUCCUUCGCAAGAAUUGACGAGUAGUAGCACAAGAAAUACGAGUAGAAAAUUCAAAAAAGAACAGUCACAAAAAAACAAGAAAGAAGAAACGACCAGAGAGACAAACAAGAGACGUUUGAGAAAACGCGUAAAACCAGUUUCCUAUUAUGAGGCAUAUUCUUCUGAAGAUGACUACGAAGAGGAGGAGACAUCAGACGAUGGAAAUACUCCAGAUUCACCCCCUCUUGACUCUGAAGGCUUCUCAUCUCCUCAAUCGAAUAUCGUUGUUCAACCUAGCGAGCCAACUGUCACGUCAAUUAAGAAACACAAAUCCAAGGAGAGCAGAGCUUCCAUAGGAGAUGAACUCUUUGAGUCAAACAUGCCAAAAGGUUCGCACGAUGAAAUUCGAAAUUCCGUUCCAAUGGAUGUCAAAAUACCCAAAUUCAAACCAGUUGGAACACCCACUCAUUCCACGUGGUGUGAAGCUCAUGAAACUUCCCCAUCAAAAAAGAAAAAGGCUGAAGCCAUUAUUACAACGCCAUUCGCCAUGCAAAACCUCACCAAAAACACACCUCGCCCGUAUGCUAGUACAAGCGCUUCUCCAUUGUCGGUUCAUUCGAAUACCUCGUCGAUCGAAUCAACCAAGACAUCUCUUCCAGAGACCGUACAGCAUCAUCAAUGGUCUCCCUCAUCCAAUAACAGUACCAUACAAACCUCACUCUCGACUCCCAGCAGUAUGGAUAUCAAUCCUCACGCACAUUCUACGAAUACAGACACUUUUCUUAUUUAUGCCACAUUUAACACAAAGACAGUACUCAUUCCAAUUGACCUCACCAAGCCCAUCUCAUUUGCAGAAUUGUUUUUGACACUUCAGAAAAAGCUUAAAAUACGAACGGAAUGUGAAAUGACAUAUUUCGAUACCAUUGUACAGUCACCGGUGAUUUUUGACGAAGAUUCAUUCAAGGAGAGCAUCAAAUCACAACGAAAGAUUCUUCAAAUACUUAUUCAAACUGCGACCAUAGAUUGA